GACUGACGCCUUUCCCUGCACCAAUCGGAGCGCAGAACCGCCGCGGCCGGAAGAGGGCGGGAUGUGAUGCCGGAGAUGGAUGCCAUUGGUUGAAAGCUGAGGGGCCAUGGCGUCGCCCCCGGCUCCCCCGGCCAAGAAGAGGAAGAUGAAUUUCUCGGAGCGGGAGGUGGAGAUCAUCGUGGAGGAGCUGGAGCGAGGCAAACAUCUCCUCAUCAACCACUUCAACGCCGGCGUCCCGCUGGCUGCCAAGGCCGCAGCCUGGCACGACAUCCUGCGGAGGGUCAACGCCGUCGCCACCUGCCACCGAGAGCUGCCCGAGGUGAAGAAGAAAUGGUCCGACCUCAAGACUGAGGUGCGGCGUAAAGUGGCACAAGUGAGAGCGGCCAUGGAAGGGGGCAGCGAGAGCCACAAUGGAGGCGGUGCUGGGACGGAGGGUGAGGACCCUACGGGUGCUACGGCAGCUCCCGUCAUCCUCACCCCAAUGCAACAGCGCAUCUGUAACCUGCUGGGAGAGGCCACCAUCAUCAGCCUGCCCGGCGGGGAGUGCGGGGCUGCAGACGGCACCGAGAUCCCCAUCACCGCAUCCGCCACCACCGUCACACUGACCCAGAUUCCUGCAGAGACGACGUACCACAGUCUGGAGGACGGGGUGGUGGAGUACUGCACAACAGAAGCCCCCACCGCAGUUACUGCUGAAGCACCGUUGGAGAUGAUGGCACAUCAACACGAAGUAUCUGCAAAACCUCAGGAGCUGAAAAGCCGCAUUGCUCUGAACUCAGCCAAGCUCCUGCAGGAGCAGCGAGUCACCAACUUACACGUGAAGGAGAUCGCCCAGCAUCUGGAGCAGCAGAAUGACUUGCUUCAAAUGAUCCGUCGCUCUCAGGAGGUGCAGGCGUGUGCGCAGGAACGCCAGGCUCAAGCCAUGGAAGGAACACAGGCUGCACUGAGUGCCCUCAUCCAGGUCCUCCGCCCCAUGAUUAAGGACUUCCGUCGAUUUUUGCAGAGCAAUACACCCAGUCCUUCGGUGACCGCUGAUCCCAGCCAGACUGGGCAGCAAGAUGGUAUUAUCCAGUGAAAGGAACAGCAGUGGGACUUGUUUCUUGGGGAAAAAAAAAGCCCUGCCCCUGCUGCCAUUGGACACAAUAAUGGGGUGCUGGCUCUAGUCAAUGUGUAACGGCUCUCCUUGGAGUCUAGGCUGAGCCUGAACAACUUUCUUCUCUGCUAAUCUUCUGCUGAUCUGCCUUUUCAGACCCAUCAUACAGAGCAGAAGCAGGAGAUUUGAUAAACAAGGAAGCUAACAUUGGUUGCUUUAGUUCCUCAGAACAAUAGAUUUGUGUCUUUUUUAAAAGAGGGAGAGAAAAAAAAGACAAUUAUUUUUUUAUCCAUUUGAAAAACUUCUGGCUAUGACACUUCUUUCUUCCUCUGCCUUGAUCCAUAGCCUUUAACUGACUUCAAACACGGAGAGUCUUUCUAUUAAGUCACAGUAGUGAAGCUGCCAAGGAACAGAUAUCACAAGCUGUAGUGUCUGGCUGUGAAUGCAUUUCUGUUUCUUGUUGAAAGUGUUCACUGGAAACGUGGUAUCUGAGGUGGUACAACCUUUCUCUGCACUGAGAGUCUGUGGAUAUUGCUCUUGGAGCAUGAAGUUCACCCGCACAGACUAGCUCUAAGCCUGUAUGCAGUUCAGGAUCCCACCCAUAUCCCCCAAGGAUAUAAAUGGGAUUAAAACAGUGUAUUCACCUCGUGUUCUAUCUGUGCACAGUCAUGAAAUUCAACUUUAAACUUAGCAGAUGUGAUGAAAAUGUCUUGCCUUGGUUACCAGACACUGUCCUGGGAUACGUAUUGGAAGCAAUUACCUGUCCCAGUGUAUUUAAUACACAAAGACACAUAGAAAAAAGUGAAUUCAGGUGGGUUUACAAAACACCCUCUGUCUCAUAACGCACAGUUUGCCACCUCCAUAACAGCUCAGUCUCUCUGAAUGGACCUGGUCUGGAGAGCUUCAACCGCACAGCGAUUCCCAGCAGACGACCUUGAGGAGGUUGGCAGCCAUUGGUUGGAGUGAGUGAGCUUUGGACCAUUUGGUUCUGGUGGUGGUAUUUGUUCUGUACCUUUUAGGAGCCAGAAGCAAAGUCUGCAGUUCUUUACUCUGCUUGCUGGCUUUGGCUGGGAUUCUAAGUGGCUCUGAGGUUCACCUCACCUAUUUUCUCACACUUAAACAGGGUUAAGUAGCAUCUGCAGCUCCUGAUCUGGAGGUGUUGAGGUUGUUGGGUUUGGUCCUCACUGAGACAGCUCUAUUUCACAGGAUGGUGCGAUUCCUACCGACUUGGAGUAGCUUCAUAAACUCUUAGAUGACAAGUUUCACUUGCAGAUGCAUGGAAGCUAACUUCAAAAAUAUAUAUAUAUAUGUAAGUCUUUUCCCCAUACCUUGCAAUAUCUUUCACAUUUAACAGUCUUGUUGAUUGCCAGAUACUGCUUUUGAAGCCAGACUUUCUCAGAGUUGAUAUUUUCUUGCUGUUAAGUCUCCUUUUGGGCUGAGAAAUGGUGAGCAAAGACUGAAUUUGCACAAUCACACAAGACCUUUACAUAUUUUAUGGUGGGAUACUGACGGAGAACCCCCACUUAGAGCAGUGGGUGACCAUUCUACUGCCUACCUCUGCCCUUCAGGAAUCUCCUCUAUGAGGCUGAUGGGGGAGAAAAGAACAGCUUUAGAACUUCGGCCCUGGAAGGCUCCGACCCUUUGACACAGACAUCUCAGUGCUGAGUCAGGGCAGCACCAGCUGCUCCUUCCCACCUUGUUGGGCAUCCAGCCAUGUGAGUAACGCUCUCCUGAUUCUUUCUCUCAGACUUUAUGGAGUCGAAUCAAUUGCUCGAUCGAAGAUUAUUUUUAAAGCAGAAAACUAUGUCAUGUAUGUUGUUUUACCUCGUUUGUGUAACGAUCUCUCCUUUGCAAAAUAUGGUUUUUAAUUAAAAUAUAUAUAUAUAUGGUUUUUGGUAAA